AUGGUCACCAACAUGCCCGUGUGGCUCACGACGUAUGAGCCCAUGGCCAUCGACACGAUUCGCCACGCCGCCAAGCGUGUCAAGCACGCGCUGGGUCGGGCCCGCGGGCACUGGUUCACGUGGACACAACUCGCAGCGCACAUGUGUCAAGGCAACCCCGCGACGCGCGUGCACCUCGACCGACAAGGUCGGAUCGUCGUAUCCGCCGCUGAAGGUACCGCGGCCGCCUACAAGCACCUGUGUGCCGUCUACGACCAACGUUUCGCUGCGGCGGCAUCGCUCCUCCUCGGGCAGCGCGGGUACCGGGUCCUCACCGCCGAGUACCCACUCGGCCUCCAGCUCAAGCCGACGUUUGCCUGA